CAUAGCACACUCAGCUCUUCAGUCAAGAAGUCAAAACCAGCCAAGACCAGCAAAAUGUUCAAACUGAUUGCCCUCAUCUCUGCCCUGUGCGCCGUGGCCAAUGCCGGAGUGAUUUCGCCCUACAGCCAUGGCUAUGGACUUGGAUAUGGCGCCGCUCUGGCUCCGGCCUAUGCCGCUCCGGCCGUGAUCGCCCACGCUCCGAUCAUCAAGAGCUACGCCACGCCCAUUGUGGCCCAUCACCCGGUGGCCACGUCCUACGCCAACACCUACAAGGUGGCCACCAAGGCCUACCCCGUGGUCCAUGCUGCUCCCCUGGUCCAUGCUGCUCCUCUGGUCCAUGCCGUUCCUGCCAUCCACUCCACCUCCACCUACCACGGCGGCUAUGGUGGCUACGGACUGGGAUACUCUGGCUACGGACACGGAGGAUACCUGCACUAGGGAUCUGAUACCAGUACCAAUACGUACAUACCAGCCCCCAUGUUGACGACCCCCGAAAUCGAGAUAUUUCAGCGGAUAAUUCGCAUUUUGCUGCCGUCAAAGUGUUGAAUUUGCAUUUCGUAGUCAGAGGCAGAAAAAUACCGGGUCUAUUCCCCAAAUUGUGUACAAAAACCCUCGGAAAUCCCAGAAACCCACUUGGAGACAGAGACACUUAGAGAAAUAAGGACAACUAACGGGAGGCGGCGAGAGCGAAGGCGAGAGUUUGAGGAAAGGAUCAAGUUUCGUUGAUUUUGUUAGCAUGGCGCCACUCAAUGCACCACUCGUGGCUUCAACACUUUCUGUAAAUAAACGAUAAAUGACUCUAAAACGAA